AUGAUCGAGGUGCCCCACGGCAGACACCUCGGGGUUUUUUCAACCAUUGUGCUUUUUAUCUCGCGAAUCCUCGGCAGCGGAAUCUUUGCUACCCCCGCCUUUAUCUACAAGGAUGUCGGCGGCUCCCCCGCGUUGUUUGGCUUUGUAUGGCUUAUGGCGGGGCUCAUUGCGUAUAGCGGUCUCUACGUCUUCCUAGAGCUCGGCUCGAUCAUUCCCCGGUCGGGUGGGACAAAAGUCUUCCUUGAGAUCAUCUAUAGGAGACCCAAGAUGUUUGCCACAGUGGUUUUCUCGCUCUACUCGCUCAUGUUCGGGUUUGCAGUCACCAACUCCUUGGUGUUUGGCGAAUACUGCUUGUAUGCCGUCCAGAACUCUGGUUCCACCGCCUACGUGCCAGAUGAGCUGAAAGCUAGACUCAUUGCCUCAGUGUUGACGAUUACAGUCGGUCUCAUCCACGGUACCUCGGCGCGAAGCGGGGUUUUGGUGCAAAACGUACUCGGCUUCUUGAAGCUCUCCCUUCUCUUUGUGAUGAUCCUCAUCGGUUUGGGCAUUCUCUUGGUGCCAUCACACUUCCAGUACAACUUGGAAUGGACCUACGAGAGUCUAGUGAAGUUAAAGCAGCCGGUGAGCGUCUCCUCGGUGUGCUCCGCCAUCAUCAAGGCCCUGUAUUCGUUUUCCGGGUGGAACGCGGUCCACCACGUGUCUUCGGAAAUUGCCAACCCCGUGCGGACCUUCCGGAUCGCUGGUCCCGUGUCGCUUCUUGUCAUUACGGUAUCCUACUUUUUGAUCAACAUGGCGUACCUCAUCAUCAUUCCGUCCGACGAGAUCUUGUCUUCGGGCCAGCUUGUGGGCUCGAUCUUGUUUGAGAAGAUUUUCGGGUACACCGUCGGAAAGCGGUUCCUCACGGUCGCGAUUGCCGUGUGUGCCGGGGGAAACGUGUUUGUGGUGUUGUACAGUGUAUCUAGGAUGUCGCAGGAGAUCUUCAGAGAGGGAUUCCUCCCGUUCUCGCGGUUCAUGGCAUCCAACUGGCCGCACAAGGCGCCCUUGCCGGCUCUUUUGCUCAGCCUUAUCAUUUCCGUGGUAAUCUUGUUGGGGUUGCCAAAGUCUGAAGGUAGCUUGUACGACUAUAUCGUGACGUUGGAGGGGUACUUGAACCAAGUGGGUGUCCUUCUCGUGGCCGGUGGAAUUUUUAUCAUCAGAUCGAGAUACCCUGCGCUCAGGGCCCCGAUCCGAGCUUCGGUGGUGGGGACCCUCUAUAUUGUUGGAAUUUCCUUGUUCUUAGUGGUGACCCCCUUAGCCGAGGUGUUUAAAGGACCGGUUUUCCCCGAGGGAAAGUUUCCGCACUAUGCAUUGGUGGGAGUACUUUUGAUCGGGUUGUAUAGUCUGUAUUGGGCAGUCCAGUUUAAGGUGUUGCCUUAUCUCGGAGGAUACACUUUGGUGCAGCAUUCAACGAUAUUGGAUGAUGGGUUGGUUGUGAGAACAUGGGUUAAAUCUCGCCCUACGCAGAUCUAA